GCAAUGUCCUCCGCAUGCUGAUAUUAUUGACGUCAAAACGACUUAGAAAUCAGUGAUGCAUAUACCACCAGAACAAUAACAAAAAAAAAAUUCUGUCACCCCCUGUGCUCUUAUCCAUCUCCUCGAAGUUUCAACGCCGUUCGGUAUUUUUGCGUUCUCCUUUAAGGAUAAACCUUGCGCAAACUCACUGGAGUGUCGACGGCUGCCAUCUUGGUGAGCUGAGACGAACGUAUGUGCAGAUGAGGGGGAAAAAAACACGGGGAAGUGAAUGAAUUAGUUCUGCAGUUAAGGAGUGAAAGUUAAUACGGUCGCGGUUUCAUUUUUUAACAUUUGCGAGGUUUCAUUCCCUGGUGCCAUGCCGUCUGUCUCGUUGCCACCCAAAGAGAGUAACCUCUUUAAGAGGAUCCUGAAAUGUUACGAGCAAAAGCAGUACAAGAAUGGACUGAAGUUUUGCAAGAUGAUUCUUGCUAAUCCAAAAUUUGCUGAGCAUGGAGAAACUUUAGCAAUGAAAGGCCUUACUCUGAACUGCUUAGGAAAGAAAGACGAUGCAUAUGAGUUUGUCAGGAAAGGACUACGCAACGAUUUGAAAAGCCACGUCUGCUGGCAUGUCUAUGGGCUUCUCCAAAGAUCUGAUAAGAAGUAUGAUGAGGCCAUCAAGUGCUAUCGCAACGCUCUCAAACUGGACAAAGACAACCUGCAGAUUCUGCGAGACCUAUCUCUGUUGCAGAUACAAAUGCGUGAUCUGGAAGGAUACAGGGAAACCAGGUACCAGCUGUUGCAGUUACGACCAACGCAGCGAGCUUCCUGGAUCGGCUAUGCCAUUGCCUACCAUUUGUUGAAGGAUUAUGACACAGCCUUAAGACUGCUGGAAGAGUUCAGGAAAACCCAGCAAGUUCCUCCCAAUAAAAUAGACUACGAGUACAGUGAAUUGCUGCUCUACCAGAAUGAAGUCAUGAGAGAAGGCAGUUUGUUUCAAGAGUCCUUAGAACACAUAGAAACAUAUGAGAAGCAGAUAUGUGAUCAACUUAUGGUAGAAGAAAUAAAAGGUGAGAUGCUGUUGAAGUUGGGAAAGCUAGAAGAAGCUGCUAAAGUCUACCGAGCUCUGAUUGAUCGCAAUGCAGAAAACUGGUCUUACUAUCAGGGCCUUGAACAAGCUCUCCAGCCAAGUACAGUGGAGAAGAGACUGCAAAUCUAUGAGGAGGUUGGAAACAUGUAUCCCAGAGCAGUCUCUCCAAAGAGGCUGCCGUUGAAUUUCCUUUCAGGUGAAAAAUUCAGGGAAAAGAUUGAUAAAUAUUUACGAACACAUUUCAGCAAAGGUUGUCCCCCGUUGUUCACAACCUUGAAGUCAUUGUACAGCAGUCUGGAAAAAGUUUCUGUAAUACAAGAACUUGUUACUGGCUAUGAUAUUUCUUUGAAGACGUGCGAUUUGUUUAGCCCUAAUGCAAGCGGUGAAAAGGAACCCCCAACAACCCUGCUUUGGGUUCGCUAUUUCCUGGCACAGCACUUUGACAGACUGGACAAGAGGACUUUGGCACUGGAAUACAUAAAUGCUGCCAUUGAAAGCACUCCGACUCUAAUAGAAUUGUUUUAUGUAAAGGCGAAAAUCUAUAAGCAUUCAGGCAACCUAAAAGAAGCUGCAAAAUGGAUGGAUGAAGCUCAGUCCCUUGAUACAGCUGACCGCUUCAUCAACUCAAAGUGUGCAAAAUACAUGCUGAGAGCUGGCAUGAUAAAGGAAGCUGAGGAGAUGUGCUCCAAGUUCACAAGGGAAGGCACGUCUGCGAUGGACAACCUAAACGAAAUGCAGUGCAUGUGGUUCCAGACGGAAUGUGCCGCUGCUUAUCAAAGGCUUGGAAUGUACGGGGAGGCUCUGAAGAAGUGUCAUGAAGUAGAAAGGCACUUCUUUGAGAUCACAGACGACCAGUUUGAUUUCCAUACCUACUGCAUGAGGAAGAUGACUCUACGUGCCUAUGUGGACCUCCUCAAACUUGAGGAUGUCCUAAGAAGACACUCCUUUUACUUCAAAGCAGCACGCUGUGCAAUAGAAAUCUACUUGAAGCUACAUGAUAAUCCUCUUACGAACGAGAGCAAAGAACAGGAAGUAAACUCUGAGAACCUGUCGGCCAAGGAACUGAAGAAGAUGCUGAGCAAGCAACGGCGAGCACAGAAGAAAGCCAAGCUGGAGGAGGAGAGGCGGCACGCGGAACGGGAGAGGCAACAGAAGAACCAGAAAAAGAGGAGGGAUGAAGAGGAGGAGGAGACCAGCGGGCCGAAGGAGGAACUUGUGCCAGACAAGCUUGAAAGGGUUGAAAACCCUUUAGAAGAGGCUAUCAAAUUCCUGACACCCCUUAAAAACCUUGUGGCUGACUGUAUAGACACACACCUCCUAGCAUUUGAAAUUUAUUUUAGAAAAGGAAAGUUCCUCCUGAUGCUGCAGUCGGUUAAAAGAGCCUUUGCCAUUGAUGCAGACAGCCCAUGGCUACACGAGUGCUUGAUUAGGUUCUCGAAAGCAGUGUCGGAUCACAGUAACCUCCAUGAAACAGUGCACAAAGUCUUGUCUCAAGAAAUGAAGAAAAUCUUUGCCAAUAAGAAUUACGAGGCCUUCAACGAUGAAUUCCUAAAGAAAAAAUCAAACUCCAUCCAACACUUACUUUCAGGUGCCAAGAUGAUGUAUUUUCUGGAUAACACAAGGCAAGAGAAAGCAAUCUCUAUAGCCACGAGACUGGAUGAGACAAUGUCAGACAGAAAUGCCAAGACUUGCACCAGGGUCCUAGACGCACUGUUAGAGGGGAGUCUUGGAAGCUGCCAGUCUCAGGCAGAGGACUAUCGCUCCGCGUGCCACCGGCUCUUCCCGCUGGCAGCCGCCUUCCUGCCUCCCGCGGACGAGGAUGACAAAUGCCCCGCCUCCUUGAACAACACUACUAUUAACCACGAGGUGCUGUCCAAUGAAAUCUGAGCCCGCAGCAGCGGUAUGAGACGUUGAGCACCACUGACCUGUAACUGCUGGAGAUAGAUCAGGUUUCCUUUUUAAAGGAUGUGGUAGAAAACUGUGUGUCCUGGAUUUAAAAAGACUUCUGUGCUUUGAUAAAUGAUUUCAAAUUGAAGUUUUUUUUGUGCUGUUUUUUUGUUUUUAAAGCGCUGCCAUAAUUGUCAUUUUUCCUCCCCCAGGCCAUUGGUGGGGGAGAGGUGGUUCCAUUAAGAAAGAGAAAAUGUAUUGCCUUUUUGUUAUGGUUUUAUUUUUACUUCUGCAUCCAUCGCUAUAUGGUUUCUGGACACUGUACGUCUCCACAAAGAAUACAUCAGAAGAUGUGUAAGCGAUUCGUUUUUUGUGAAUGAUAAAGCAGGGCUUUAUUGAAAUCCAAAGCUGUAACACCACUGUUUAUUCCCAUUUCAGCCCCAGGUUUUUAUUCCAUUACACCACAUGGUCAGUUGUAGCUAAGGUGCAUGAUUGCUUGAUGCCUUUCUUAAUAAACUUCAUUGGAUACAGGAUGUGAAAAGAAUGUUUGUUCAACAGCUUUGUCUUAAAACUGCGGCAGUAACUGAUUGCUGUGCACAUUUUGUCUUUGCAGAUGGGUUUUUAGUCACUUAGAUGCAUAGUAUCAUUUUCAAGAAAUAUUAGCCUUAAGCAUUAACACAGUUAAGAAAUGCUGCAGUUUUAAUUUAAAAUAAAUCAGUUCAAUACACUGUUUUUAUGUGGUCUUAUACCGUAGCCUUUUGCACUGUUAACAUGCGUUAUAAAAUGGUAUUUUAUCUGAUAUUGGCAAAAUCCAACAAGUCCAUACUUGAGCAUGUUUUGUUUGUAACCCUUCUCAGGGCCGUUAGUGAUUUUAAUGACUUUUAAACCUCAAUAUAAAGAUGGAGGCUUUGUUCACCUUUUUAUCAAAAAGAAAGCAAAAAUGCAAAAAAUAGGUCUUGGUAAAAAGUACUUAUUUUGUGAGGGAGGGUCUUUAAAGAUUACCUUGCUUGAAAAUGCUCUUUUUAACUGGCUCCAUCAUUGUUGUUUUCACAAGGUUUAUUCAUGUUUGCUGUCCUCUGUGAACAAUUGAUGUGGUUAUUUCCAUUACUCGGUUAUUGUCUGCAUUGUUCCUAGACACUUUAAGUGUUAAGACGUUUGUUGAAUUAAGUGGAUAGCAGUUGUUGUGAAUUUUGUUUGGUUAUUACUGGAUUUGGGAGGGGGAGGGGAGACCUAUAUUACAGCACUUUUUCCCCCUGUCAUUUUACUGUCCCCCAAAUUGUGUGCAGAAUUCUCCUAAAAGGUUUCACUGUACAAUAUUGCCAAUUUAUGUAAUGCUGUAAUAAAUUAUUUUGUACUCAAAA